CAGCGCCCGUGGGUGAGAAGCCAGGAAGGAGGAGGAGGAAGUGGUCAGCAGCACCCGGGGUCCCAGAUUGCCCACGGUGAUGUUGGCCCGGCGGGUGCUUGGGACCUCACGCAGGGCGGCGCUAGGAUCGGUGGAGGCUGCGCUUGGCGGCUUGAAGUCAAUAUGGGGAAGCAGUCAACGUUUUUGCUCUUCUCUUCCUAAGGGUGUCACGUAUAGGGAACUAAAAAACCUGCUGAACUCCAAAAGCAUUAUGUUAAUUGAUGUUAGAGAUACGUGGGAAAUUCUUGAGCAUGGAAAAAUACCUGGAUCAAUCAACAUACCAUUGGACGAGGUGGGGGAAGCUCUUCAGAUGAGCUCCAGGGAUUUCAAAGAGAAGUACCACGAAGUGAAGCCAUCCAAAUCCGACAGUCUGGUGUUUUCUUGUUUUGCUGGAGUGAGAAGUAAGAAGGCUAUGGACACAGCAAUAUCCCUGGGCUUUAACAGUGUUCAACACUAUGCUGGAGGAUGGAAGGAAUGGGUAACCUAUGAAGUUACCGAGAAGAAACAAGAAAAUUGAAUUCUGGAAUAAGACAUUCUGUCCUGUGUUCAUACAUCCAAGGAUAGUGGAUGAAGCAAAAGAAAUCUCCAGUCUUGGCACCAAAAGAUAUGCUUGGCAAUUGUUUUCCUCCUCUGUGAACCGAAGAUACUGCUCCCUUGAAUAUUUUCAGAGUCUACUGAGAACUGAGAUAAUAUGAAUUGCCAUUGAAAUAUACAGAUUCUACAAUUAAUUUUUAAGUAUUCGGUAUUCCAAAGGAUCAGGUAGCUUGUAUUACUUAAUCAUGUGCAGUCAUGCUAUAAGCAUGCGUGUUAACAAGCAGUCCCGAUCUUAAACAAUAACUAGGCAUCGGUUUUUGGCCCAUACUUGUAGUUCCAAUACUCAGUAGAUUGAGAUGGGAAGAAGUGCUGUAAAUUUGAGGCCAGGCUAUAAAUUUGAUACUCUGUUACAAAAAAAGAAAAGAAAAGGAUCUGGGGUCCAGAGAAGGAAACUCUGAACAGGAAAACACAUUCACAGCAUCUGAAGACUCAGGACAACAUGUGGUCAAAAUACAAACAAUGUAACUAAUUUUAAAACUUAAGGUCAAUGUGAGGAUAAAAGUUGCACGGAUUGUGACUGUGGAAGGCAAACGAACCUGGAAGAAAGAGGUCAGGAAAUUUUGUAGGAUAGUAGAGAUCGUCUAUGGUAUGACUGAAAUGUCAGGAGUAUGCGUGCCAAACCCCAUCAAAGCAAACACAAAGACAUGAUUUUACAAGAAAUAUACCUCAAUUUGACAACUAAUUAAAAACAAAUAUUUAUACCA